AUCACUCCCCUUUGCUGACGUCACCGCGUCGGGUGGUGCAGCAACACUUCCUGGUUGGUUAUUGAGUGCUGCAUGCAUGUUGUGCUAGUUGACUUAUUUUUUAAAAGGAAUGAUACAUUUCCUCCUGCGAAGUGGCUGGAUCGGUCGGAUUCGUUUGGCACUUACUCUGUUCGGACUCCCGUACACCGUCUGCACCCCCGGAGUUAGGCCUGCCAUCUCUUGCUCGUAUUCUCACAUUUUCAGGACCAGUCAGACAUUUGGAUCAAUACGUACUAAUUGCUGUAACCUUUACACAACUGGUGUCCAUACAAUGCCGUCUUCAUCAGCGCCCCACGUCAAGUCCAGAUGCCCCCAGUAUCCAGGGUCCAAAAUCAAUCGCUUCCUCGUGCCUGAUGACAAGGUGGGCUGGAGUCAGAACUGGCCGCAGUAUAAACCAGUCAGCUACACCGACCCUUUAGUAGCAAAGAAGCCAGUAUGGGCCGAUCCUGAGAUUGGCUCUUUCUCUCCUAAGUUCAACACUGUAGACGGCGGUGUGGACAGGACAAGCUUCGGGGGCGGCUACAAAAUGGAAAAGGAAAAGCCACUAAAUCCCAGUGGACGGACAGGGGUGACAGGUAGAGGGUUGCUGGGUCGAUGGGGACCCAAUCACGCUGCUGAUCCUAUUGUCACCAGAUGGAAAGUAGAUGCCAAAGGAUCAAAGAUACUUCACUCAGUGUCAAAGCGGCCUGUCCUGCAGUUUGUGGCCAUCAAGAGGAAAGACUGUGGGGAGUGGGCCAUUCCUGGGGGGAUGGUAGACCCCGGGGAGCAGGUUUCUCUCACGCUGCAGCGAGAGUUCUCAGAAGAAGCCUUGAACUCGUUGGAGAUUCUGCCAUCAGAGAAAGCAAAAAUUACUGAACGCAUCACCAAACUCUUCAAAUCGCCAGGGUUUCAGGUUUAUAAAGGCUAUGUGGAUGAUCCUAGAAAUACCGACAAUGCCUGGAUGGAGACAGUCGCUGUUAACUUCCAUGAUGACUCAGGCAACAGUGUGAGCGAGCUGCCGCUGCAAGCUGGCGAUGACGCAGGACAAGUCCAGUGGGUUGAUGUUGACUCGUCCUUCCCGCUCUAUGCGAGUCAUUCCCAUUUCCUGGAGCUGGUUGCCAAAGAGAGGAAAGCUCACUGGUAACUAUUGACAACGGAUUCUACUCUGACACGACGAUGAAGGAAACAUUGAGAGCCGCUCUCUGUGUGCUGAGAAUGCAUGGUAUCUAACAUUAUGCAGGUCUUACCUCACUAACUUAAUCUUAAUAAUCAUAUUUGUAAAAGCCAAAAAUGUAAUAUGGAUCUCUAGUAGGACCCUCGCAUGUAUGCCCACUCAUGAAUGAAACAUUAUGACUGAAGAAUCUAUGAAAUGAAUUAAACUUACAGGUUAUAGAGACCCUAUUAUGCAUUCAUAAUUGUAUUCUGUGCCUAUACUGUGACAUGUCUGCAUGCUUUAAUCUUCAAAAAGCUCUUUAUUUUUCUCAUACUGCCUGUGCUGCAGCAUCUCUUUUCACCCUCUGUCUGAAACCAGAGCCCAGUCUGCUCUCUGCUGUUGUGUGGUCAACUGCUGAGAGAUGGUCCCUCCCCUUAGCCUAUCAGGUGCUGGAGCAUGAGCUAAUAGAAACUUGAGUGUUAUGUAAUGAUGCCAUUAUGUCACGGAUUUAAGCAAAGGAGUCCAAUGAAGGUGUUUCAGGCAGGGGGAGAGUGUGUGGGAGAGAAACUCCCUCUGAAAGGAACUCUGGGAUUUUAGCCUUUGCAGACCAUUUACAUCCACAAAAACUCUAACACACAAAAAAGCAUAAUAGGGCCUCUCUAAGAAUCAUGGUUAUAGUCUGAUCAGAGCAAAUGGCACUGCAUCUUAGAUCUGUUUGACUUUUAUCCAAGAAAAUAAAAGAAGAACAAAAUUGAUUUCAUUUAAAAACAUUAACGUAACCGCUUGAAAUAAGCUAACAUGAGACUGUAAAAUGCAUGAUGCUCCUGAGUGGCACACCAGAUUAUUUGUACUGGCACUAAUUAUGCUAAUGUAUUCAAUGUUAGAAAGGAUCGCAUUAGCCCAAUGUGAUCAUGUAAGAACAAACACAAAGAGCUGCUGAACAUAACACAUACUACAUUAAUUUAAGUGUGAUAAGGGAGGGCAAUCAAAAUGAAAAAGUGUACACUGACUUUGAUCUUCAGACGUGAAUGGAAUAUGAAAAUGUGCUGGAGCAGUGCACUAGACUACGGACCAGCUGAAGCUAGGAGACAAACAUGUUUUAAAAAGUGAUAACAGACGGUGGAAGCAAAGGCCAUUUCACACAUAACAGCCUGCCUUUUCCGAGAUGUUCACAUCACUACGUGUCAUCUCACUGCUGGGCGUACUUUGCGAGGAGGCAGGGAUGCAGAAUUAUGCAAGAAGUGGCUGUUAGCAUUCAUGAUAAAAACACUAAUACUGGGAUCCUUCUGUCAUCAAAUCACAGCCAACAGCAGACAAGCAAGUCUUUGCAGUAAAACAUAUUUGUCUUCUGACUAAUUCACAGAUUUGAGAUUUGAUAUGAAUGUUAUGUAUGCUAACAGGCUCUUGUGGCUGAAAGGGAACUUCUUAUUAGACAAACUUUGGGUGAGCUGUGAUUUUUUGAACAUGGGUCAUAUGAAGUACUCAUCCACAGUCAGCAUGUAACCUGCAGUAUGGUUGCAGAAGCUAAGCAAGGAAUUGACUUAUUAUUUAUUUUGCCUCAUGUGAUUUAGGCUCUUUGUUAGUACAAAAAAACUAACAUAAAUAAAGUGUGGGACAAUUAAUCAAAUAGUUUACCUUCAAAUUAGUUUCAUUGUUAUGAGUAAUGUUAUACUUAAAGCCUUAUUAUAAUGUCUGUAUAUGCUUAAUGUGAAAAUAUACCCAGAAGUGUCAACUUACUAAACAUGCACUGAAAGUCUGUUUAUUGUUAUUCAUUUAAAUCACUUGAAAUUGUAAAUCAGUAAGAACUAUUGAGUUGAAUUGUUUCUUUUUCAGCCAUAAAAUAUAUGUGUCUAAGAAGUUGCUGCAUUAGGAGCAGUAAUCUUUAAUAUUCAUGCAAAUCUUCAGACUUUAUGCAGUAUUAUACAAAUGAGUUGAUAUUUGUUUGAUCGUAAGAGAUCUUUCUCAAUGUGUUUCUUUUCCCAUUGUAAAAGAAAAACAUUUCAUGGCCGAAUAAAAUAUUAAAAUAAUAAUUUUCAUUUUGACAA